AACCGGUUUGCGUUAGCUUGCAGCACGUGUUCAAGAUGGCUGUCGAAUCACAACAUCAACAUGUGCCAGGGCCUUUAAAACAGAAAAACAAAAACCACAAACAUGGUAAUCAUAAAAGUAAAAGAGAAUUGGCUAAAGCAUCUAAAGGACGUGUGAAUCUAAAGACGUUGAGUAAAAAAAAUAGUUUUUUUAUGAAGAAAACGGAAAGAAAAAAUCAGUCUGCAGUCUUACGUAAGCAGAAAAGAGAAGAAGCAUUUGAAAAAAAAAGACAGAGAGGAACAUCAGGCACCCCACCAACAUUUGUGGUCAUAGUUUCUUUACACAGAGAUGUCAAUACUGACUCAUGUCUAGAAUGUUUAAAAACCUGUGAUGAUGAAUUAAUAGUGAAAAGAAAUGAACAAGGAAUUACACAUUUUACGAUUCCAAGAUUUAAGAAACGAGCAUCUUUUUUUAUUCCUGAAUAUGGUAACCUGAAUGCUCUUUUAGAUGCAGUUAAAGUUGCUGAUACAUUGUUAUUAUUAAUAUCACCACAAGAUGGUAUUGAUGAUUAUGGAGAAUAUUGUCUCAGCUGUUUAUUUGGUCAAGGUUUACCAGCUGUCACAUUAGCUUGUCCAGGAUUUAAAAAUCUGGCUGUUAAAAAGCAAAGUGAAGCUAGAAAAAGUCUUCAAAAUACCAUUGAAAAAAGGUUUCCAUCAGAAAAAUUUCAUGCAUUAGACACGCCCCAGGAUGCCUUAAUGAUUGUUCGACAACUAACUGAUCAAAAAUUACGGCCUGUUUAUUAUAGAGAAAAUAGAUCACAUAUGGUGGCUGAAAAUAUCACUUUUGAAUUAGAAUCAUCUGAGAGUCAGUUUGGAGUUUUGAAGGUAACAGGAUAUUUAAGAGGCAGAACUCUGAAUGUAAAUGGUUUAGUACAUCUUCCAGGAUGGGGUGAUUUUCAGAUGAACCAAAUAGACUCGGCAACAGAUCCAUAUCCUCUUCAACCUAGAAAAUACAAAAAUAAAUCAACAGGGGAUGUAGACAUGGAAAAAGAAACCGUCCAUGUUUUAGAUAAAGUUGAUCCUAAACAACAAGAAUCAUUAGAAACCGAAGUCAUUCCGGAUCCUAUGGAAGGUGAACAAACAUGGCCGACAGACGAAGAAUUAGCAGAAGCUGAAGCCCAAGCCAAGAAUAAAAUUUUAAAAAGAGUACCAAAAGGUACAUCAGAAUACCAAGCUACAUGGAUUGUUGAUGAUGAUGAAGUUGAAGAACAUAAUGAUAAAAAGGAAGAUGAUGAUGAAGAAGAUGAUGAUAGUGAUGUUGAUGAGUUUAAGGAUGCUAUGGAAACGGUUGAUUCUGAUGAAGAGAGAAAUGAAGAUGAUGAAGAAUUUGAAACGAUGACAGUUACAGAGAAUAAUGAUGAUGAGAAAUAUGAUGCUAAUAUGGAUAUGGAUGAAGAAAUACGAGUGUUAGAAAAGUUAAAAGAAGAAAGACAACAUGCUAUGUUUCCGGAUGAAGUAGACACACCUAUGGAUAUUCCUGCUAGAACCAGAUUUGCCAGGUAUCGAGGACUAAAGAGUUUUCGUACAUCUCCUUGGGAUCCUAAAGAAAAUCUUCCAUCAGAUUAUAGUAGAAUAUUUCAAUUUGAUAAAUUUAAAAUGACACGCAAGAAAGUUUUAAAUCAAGAAAAUGAUGAUGGUGCUUUGCCUGGUUGGUAUAUAACUAUACAUAUAAAUAAAGUUCCUAAAGAAUUUAUGGAAAGCUAUAAACCAGGUACUCCAGUCAUAUUGUUUGGUAUAUUACCACAUGAACAGAAGAUGUCACUACUACAUUUUGCUAUUAGAAAAUAUGCUACAGCAACCCAACCAAUUAAAUCUAAAGACAGAUUAAUAUUUCAUGUUGGUUUCCGCCGUUUCACAGCCUGUCCUAUUUUCUCACAACACACAACGGGUAAUAAACACAAGUUUGAACGUUUUCUACCUGCUGAUACAACUUGUGUUGCUACUGUUUAUGCUCCUAUAACAUUUGCUCCUGUACCAGUCCUAGUGUUUCAACACACACCAGAAGGUUCACACGAUCUUGUGGCUACAGGUUCACUAUUAUCAGUGAAUCCUGACAGAAUUGUAGCGAAACGUAUAGUACUCAGUGGACAUCCUAAAAAAAUACAUAAAAGAUCUGCUGUAAUAAGAUACUUGUUUUAUAACAGAGAGGAUAUAUAUUGGUUUAAACCUGUAGAAUUAAGAACUAAAUGGGGAAGAAGAGGACACAUAAAGGAAGCUUUAGGUACACAUGGUCAUAUGAAAUGUGUUUUUGAUGGUGGAUUAAAAUCCCAAGAUACUGUUUUAAUGAACUUAUAUAAACGCAUGUUUCCUAAAUGGACAUAUAACCCCCACGUUGAAUCCCCACCUGUGAUAAAUGAAUAUAAAACUCCCAUGGAAACCAUUGAUGAAGAAGAUAUGGAGGCACAGAAAUUAUUUGAUUAAUAAAUAAAGUGAUAUAAAUGAUA